AUGAAUAAAAAAAAUCACUCUAAUAAUAAAGUAGCAGAAUUAAUAGGUCAAAUGGCAAACUUUAAAUGUUCAGAAGGUGUUUUUUCUAUCCAAUAUUCUUCUUCUUACACAAGACCAAGAACUUGGUGGCAAGUUAUUGAUGAUUCAAAUGAAUAUGUAAAGAGUUUAGCAAUUAAAAUUUUCUCAAUCACUGCUUAUAUGGCAAAAAUUAGAUAUUAUUUAUAUUCAAAUAUUAAAAAUGAGUUGAAUUAUGAAUCUAAAGAAAGAUCUGAAGAAGAACUAAUAUCUCUAGUCCAAGGAAGAUUAGAAAUACCAAAUGAAGAUGUUUAUGUUUUAAUUAUUAAUGAGAUGGUUGAUUUAAAUAAUCCAAUAUUUAAUGAGGAUUAUGAUGAUUUAAAUGAUAAUAUUGAGGUAGAAGAUGAGAAUAUGGAAGAAA